ACUGAAAGCAAGUUACGGCGACAAAGCCAUGGAAGAGCAAAAUCCAGGACCGGAACUGCCGUUAGUCUAUGUUAAUUGCAUAUCCUUCUUCUUCAUCUUCAAGGAUGCUUUGCAGAAGCACUUCCGCUUGCUCGACCCGAACGAUUCAACUCAAUCCUUACUCAUCCCUCAUGCGCGCGCUAUCGUCUGUAUAGGACCUUCGCCCCUGACCUCUGAAACCCUCUCGCUGUUACCUUCCCUGGAACUCGUUGUGUGUUCCACCGCUGGCAUUGAUCAUAUUGACUUGGAGGAGUGCAAGCGUCGGUCCGUGGCGAUUACCAACACCGGACCCGCGUUUGCCGACGACGGCGCCGAUUAUGCUAUUGGCUUGCUUAUCGACGUGCUCCGCCGGUUAUCAGCCGGUGACCGGUAUGUUCGAGCCGGCUUGUGGUCUAAAAAUGGGAAUUAUCCACUUGGUUACAAGGUCAAAUAAUUUCCAAACAAAGUGACGACAAUGACCUCCAACAAGGAACAGAUUGAACAACUUGAAGUGGGUUUGGGAGGCUUACAGGACAGCAUGAGUCGCUUCGAAAUUGGCAUGACCGACAAAAUGCGGUUGAUCGAAGAGGACCUACAACGACUCACUGACACCAUGUUGUCCAAUUGCGAAGGGUCUGCCAGCCACACCCUCAGCCGACUUGGAGCAAACCGACCAUAUAGAGAAGAAGAAAAUGAACGGCCCGAAACUGGACCACAGGGGUUUUACUCCAGGUUUGCGAAAUUAUAUUUCCCCACUUAUGCCGGUGAUGAUCCUAUUGAGUGGUUUAACAGAGUCUAUCAAUUUUUUGAGUUUCAAGGCACCGCCGACUACCAUAAAGUCGCCUUGGCCUCCUUCCACCUUGAAGGGGAAGCUAACCAAUGGUAGCAAUGGUUGAAGCGGGCUUACCGGGAGGAGGGCCGAGUGGUGAUGUGGGCCGGAUUUACCGAAGAGUUGUGGGCUCGGUUUGGGCCUACUGACUGCGAGGAUUUUAACGAAGCCUGUCCAAAAUCCGGCAAUUGGGUUCACUCAGAGACUAUCAGAAGCAGUCUGAAAAUUUUGGGUAAUCGGGUCCAAGGCUGGACCCAAAAAGCCCUUGUCAGAAUUUUAUUGGUUGGCUCAAGCCCGAGAUAGCGGAUGGUAUCCAAAUGUUUAAACCUAGGACCUUGAAGAACGCUAUCGGGUUGGCCAGGAUGAGAGAAGAGCAAUUGGGCUGGCAGCGGCGGACCUUGUGGGUUUGUGUAACCCGAACCCGGCCCCAACAACCGGUCUACCCCAGAUUUUACCAGCUGACGGAAUUCAGCCAAAACGACUGUCCUGGGAUGAGGUCCAGCAACGACGCGCCCAAGGCUUGUGUUUCCAUUGUGAUGAGCGGUACACAGCCGGCCACCGUUGUCGCAGGCCACAGCUCCUGAUUUGGAAGGAAGUACAGAGGACGACGAACAAAGGGAGGAAGUCAAGCCCGAAAUUUUCCUCCACGCCCUCAUGGGGUGGACUGUGAGCCAUACACUGCGAAUCGCUGCCACCAUCCAUAAACAGAGCAUGGUGGCCCUCAUUGACAGAGGAUCUGCUCACAACUUUAUAAGCGAGCGGUUGGCAGAUGGGCUGUGAUUACCCGUGAUCCAGACUAAGCCCUUUUCCGUCCGGGUUACCAACGGUCACCCACUGCAAUGCCAGGGGAGAUUUGAGCAUGUUCCCAUCAAUCUCCGGGGUAUUUCUUUUUCCUUAACUUUGUAUGCUUUACCAGUAAUGGGACUUGAUUUGGUGGUAGGCAUCCAAUGGUUGGAGCAACUGGGCACUGGAUUGUGUGAUUGGAAACAAAAGAAGAUGGAAUUUACCUGGGGUGGCCAGGUACGAUGCCUGCAAGGGGUCGAUGCCCCGAUUCUUCAGUCAACCUCCUUAAAAGCCAUUACCAAGGUGAUCAGGCAGCAACCAUUCGGUCUAGCCGUCUGUUUGAACCAUCAUCCUGAUAGCACUGAUAAAGUAGAGCCAGAAAUUCAACGAUUGCUGAAUGAAUUCAGUGACAUUUUUCAAGAACCACAUCAACUUCCCCCUGCCAGAGAAGUGGAGCACCAAAUUAUCCUUAAGGAAGGCACCGAACCCGUGAAUGUGAGACCCUACAGGUACAUCUAUUUUCAAAAAUCUGAUAUUGAAAAACAGGUGCAAGAAAUGCUGAGAAUGAGGUUGAUCAAACCCAGUAUCAGUCCCUUCUCAUCACCGGUCUUACUUACAAAAAAAAGGAUGGAACUUGGCAGUUUUGCAUAGACUAUCGGGUUCUUAAUUCAGUAACCGUCAAAGACAGGUUUCUAAUUUCAACCGUUGAUGAUAUGCUUGAUGAUCUCCAUGGGGCCUCUUAUUUCACUAAACUGGAUUUUACAUCAGAGUACCACCAAGUCCGAGUUCAUCCUGCAGACGCACACAAAACCGCCUCCUGCACUCACAACAGUCACUACGAAUAAAUGGUGAUGUCGUUCGGCCUAUGCAACACUCUGUCCACCUUCCAGGCCAUCAUGAACUCAAUUUUCAGGCCGUAUAUAUGCCAAUUCAUCCUGGUAUUUUUCGAUAAUAUUUUGGUCUAUUGCCCCAUCUGGUCAUUGCAUCUGGAACAUGUCAAACUGACAUUUGGAAUCUUAAGGCAACAACAAUUUUUUGUUAAACAGAAGAAAUACGUUUUCGGUAAACAAGACUUGGAGUACCUUGGGCAUAUUAUCACACCAAAGGGUGUCAAGGUUGAUAAGGAAACAAUAAGAGUAAUGCUGAACUGGCAUAGACCGACCAAUAUUACAGAGCUUCGGGGGUUCUUGGAGUUAAUCGGAUAUUACUGAAAAUCUGUGCAAGGGUAUGGGAUGAUAGCACGGCCACUCACAAGCUAGCUAAAAAAGGAAAAUUUCUGUUGGAACACAGAAGCAAAGGCUGCCUUUGCAGCUCUCAAACAAGCCAUGAUGACCACCCCGACUUUAGCACUAACAAAUUUUAAGGGACCAUUCACAAUCAACACAGAUGCUUUGGGGGAGGGAAUUGGUGCAGUCUUAACACAACAAGGCAAACUGGUCGUCUACAUGAACCGGACACUUGGCGUCUCAAAAGAAUCUUGGUCCACCUAUGCCAAAUAAAUGCUUGCAAUUGUGAUAGCAUAACAAACCUGGCGUCCCUACUUGUUGGGCAGGAAAUUUUAUGUACAAACCGACCACUGCAGCCUUAAGCAUCUAUUGAGUCAACAUAUCACUACUCCGAAACAAGAAAAAUGGGUUUUAAAGUUAUUUGGCUACGAUUAUGCAAUCACUUACAGACCAGGCAAGGAAAACGUCGCUGCUGAUGCUCUAUCAAGACAGGUCAGUGGCCCAUCUCUUGACACUUUAUUUAUAUGUAAAAAUCAGGUUUGGGAAGAUAUUAAAACAGAAACACAGCAGCAGCCCCACAUGCAAAAACUGAAGAAAUCAACAUUACAAAAUCCAGACAACCCGUACAGCCUGCGGGAUGGAUUGGUGCUCUACAAAAAUCGGGUAGGCUACCACCACCCAAGUCACCACUCAUCCAACAGCUGCUGCAGGCCUUUCACGAUUCGCCAAUUGGUGGACAGUCCAGAGUACUCUGAACAUACAAAAGGUUAGCUCAACAAUUCCAUUGGCCGGCUAUGCGCAAAACCGUCCAGGAGCAUGUCUCCACCUACGUGACUUGCCAAAAGGUUAAAUCAGAAACACUUGCUCCGGCUGGUUUGUUGCAACCCCUUCCAAUUCCCUGUCAGGUAUGGGAUGAU